AUGACUAUGGACAUCCAUCGGGCAAAAGUCGAUCGCGUAGCCACUCGAGUACGCGAAUUUUACGAACGCAAACAGUCGUACCGUAUAUACCAUGGUUCCACAAACUGCACGCGCGAAUCUACCAAAACGGCGGAUAAUACGGUAAACAUCAGCUUUUUGAACGAGGUUCUAGCCAUUGAUCCUGUAAAGCAAACAAUGCUAGUCGAGCCAAAUGUGGCGAUGGACCAGCUUGUUGCUGCGACAUUGCCAUCUGGCUUGAUCCCUCCUGUGGUCAUGGAGUUUCCUGGAAUCACGGCUCGUGGGGGAUUCACCGGGACCUCUGGGGAAAGCAGCUCUUUCCGCCACGGAUUUUUCGAUCGCACCGUGUCUCGCGUGGAGAUGGUACUUGGAAAUGGCGAAGUCAUUGAAUGCUCUCCAACCGAACAUGCAGACCUGUUCUACGGCGCUGCUGCAUCUUUCGGCUGCCUCGCAAUCACCACCCUCUUAGAGAUCCGUCUGAUACCUGCAAAGGCGUAUGUGCAAAUGACUUAUUUGCCCACUACGAAGGGUGUAUCGGGCGCAAUCACAAUUAUGGAGGAAUGCAUCAAUGAUCCAACAUGCGACUAUCUUGAUGGUAUACUUUAUGAUAAAAAUCAUGCAGUUGUCUGCAGUGGCAGGCUGACCGACUCACCUGGGCCGGAGAAUGCAGUACAGACCUUUACGCGUCCCAAGGACCCGUGGUUCUACAUGCACGUUCAAGAACAAGCCGAGGCCAAACAAAAAGAGGCCAUCGAGUAUAUCCCCCUGGUUGAUUAUCUCUUUCGCUAUGAUCGUGGUGGGUUCUGGGUCGGAAAGUACGCUUUCGAAUAUUUCGGUAUUCCUCAAAAUAGCUUCACGCGCUGGUUGCUCGAUGGCAUCUCUCACACUCGCGUCAUGUAUCAUGCCGUACAUAAAAGCGGACUGUUCAAAGAGUACACCAUCCAAGACAUUGCCGUGCCGUACUCGGCUGCCAGUGACCUAGUCGACUACCUGGAUGACUCGUUCCGACGAUAUCCUGUCUGGAUGUGCCCAUUACGUCAAACGACAAAAGAUGCCAAUGGGCAAAUAAUCCAUGGUCUCUUAGCGGACCAAUUGUCCAGUGAUGACACCAGAGAUCAGCCUGAAAUGAUGCUCUCUCUCGGCGUAUGGGGGCCUGGCCCUGGCAGUGGUGAGGAGUUUGAGCAAUUCAACCGGGAACUGGAACACCGGGUUGGGAUCAUGGGUGGUCAGAAGUGGUUGUAUGGCCGAACUUACUACUCAGCAGCUGAGUUUGUCUCGAAUUAUUCUGUUUCUAAUUUAGAGGCUCUCCGGGAUCGGUAUCACGCAACCCAUUUACCAACGCUGUACGAUCGGGUCAAAGUGCGCCCUGCGGCCUUCAAUGAUAGGGAAAAAGGACUUCUAAUCUUCGACAAAUGGCCGUUUCCUGCAGCCUAUGGCCUCCUCCAUACAUUCCUAUCGAGGGAGUAUCUUUUGGCUCCUUCAAAAAGCUCUACUGUCUCUAACCCGAAGAUUAUGCUCUUCAUAUUGAUGCUAUCUACUGCCGCGUGGUUUGGGCUGUAA